CAGGGAUAGUCAACCUUUAUUUCGUCGGUUUCGUUUUAUCUGAUUCUAUUAAAACCGCGAGAACGCCAUGUGCGAGUUUAGCUCUGACGUGAAAACGGCUAAACCUAUUCUUUACCCCUUUCGUUGACCGACACAGAGAUGCGCACUCUUACAUGGUUGGAGACCCUGCUGCUGGUCCCAGCAGUCCUAGGACGGAAUGACUACGGGUCAUUCGAAGACCCGGCCAACGAUGCACGUGUGAAAUUUCGAUACUGGCUCCCCGAUGCGAGCGUGGACUUCAGCACUGUCCAAAGCGACAUCGAAUCAGCUGGGUCGAUAGGAGCCGGAGGCGUGCAGCUACUGCCCCUGUAUAACUAUGGAGGAUCGCUGGCGCCGCCGCCAGAGGGUGCUGAUUGGGCGACGUAUGGGUUUGGUACGCCAGCGUUUAAUCGCAUGUUGAAGACUUCGUUGAAGGCUGCGAAGGAUGCGGGAAUGGUGUUUGAUUUUGCGUUGGGGCCGAAUCAGGGACAGGGCGUUCCGGCUGUUACUACGGAUGAGGGAUUGCAUUGGGAUCUGGCGCCAUUUAAUGCCAGUGUUCCUGCGAAUGGAUCCUACAGUGGCACUGCUCCUGGAUGGGGUACCGGUGAGCUAGUUGCGCUUGUUUCAGCAGAGGUUUUGUCCUCAUCAAUUAUCCAGAAUCCAGCAAGUACUACAUUCAGCACCCCAUCGACGAAUUCCACGCGCCUAGUUCUCCGAAGCGAUUCUCUUACGGAUCAGACGGAUAAGGUCCAGGGCGAUGGAAGCGUGAACUUGCGCUUCAACGCGACUGGUGGUCAAUAUCAUCUUUUCGCAUACUACCAGUACCAAGAUCUUGUGAAGAACCUAGAUAUCCAAACCAACACCACGGGAACAAUCUUCGACAAUGGUUCAUAUACAGUGGAUCACUUCAGCGCCCGCGGUGCGCAGACAACCAUUGAUUUCUGGGAAAAGCAUAUCCUAAACGAUACGGAGACCAAGGAGCUUAUAUCGGCAGUUGGAAAGUACGCUUGGGAGGACAGUCUUGAGAUAAAAUCCAAUAUUUCCUGGUCACCUUCGUUACCCCAGCGCUUUCGACAGAUGAACGGAUACGAUCUGCGGAAAUACCUGCCUUUGGUUCAGUUCGGUAACAAUAAUCCUGGUGUGCAACCCUCCUACCCUGGAGAUCUUGCUUGUGUUCUCAAUUCGGAAGACGCUGGGAAGGGCUUUGUCAAUGACUACCGUGAAGCAUUGGCUCAGGGCUAUCAAUCUUAUUUGAAGACUCUUACAACUUGGGCUGAGGGACUGGGCCUGGAGUACUCAGCACAAGUCUCAUACAACCUACCAAUAGACAUGGAGUCAAGCAUCGAGUACGUCAACGCACCAGAGUGCGAAAGUCUUGCAUUCAAUGACAACAUCGAUGGCUACCGCCAAUUCGCUGGUGUCGCCAACGUCGCUCAGAAACAGAUUAUCUCCAACGAAAUGGGCGGAGACCUGCGCAAGGCCUUCAAACUUACCGUUUCUCAUUUAUUGUGGCAGAUCAACAGUGCCCUUGCAGGAGGUGUGAAUCAGGUUGUCUUGCAUGGCCAGACGUACACUGGAAAUUACUUCGAUACGACAUGGCCGGGAUAUACUGCGUUUUUCAUGCUAUUCUCUGAAUCCUACAACGACAAGCAACCUGCGUGGCUGCACAGUUACCCUGAGGCAAUCGCUUACACCAGCCGAAACCAAUACAUCUUGCACCUCGGACAGCCACGAACUGAUAUUGCCUUUUUGAACAAGGCUUCUGCUACAGACCCGCAGGUGGGCACUGUGUACACUGGCCAGGACCUCAUCGAUGCUGGAUAUACAUACACCUAUCUUUCACCGGAUAAUCUCAACAUGACGGAUGCCCGUGUUUCUAAUGGCCUGCUUGCACCGGAAGCACCAGCAUACAAGGCAAUGGUCGUCACUAGCAAGCAGAACAUCACCUUAGAUGCCGUCAAGAAGCUGCAGAAAUUUGCACAGAAUGGCCUCCCUAUCAUCCUCAGCGGCGGUCUACCAGGAUACUAUGCCUCCAGAAAUGCCGCCGAAGGGAAAGCCGUUUCCUCAGCCUUGCAAAAGCUCAAAACCACCAAGAAUGUAUACACUGUCGGCACCCAUGAGAUUGCACAGAAGCUUACAGACCUGGGCCUCGCCCCUCGCAUCCGUGUCCAGACCAGCGGCACCUGGUACCCUGUCUUCAGAACAGAAAACGCCACCGACUACGUGUACAUCUUCUCAACGUCCAGCAGCGCUUCGUCGGGGAAUAUCACCGUGCAAACAACCAAGACACCGUAUUUCUUCGAUAGCUGGAGCGGCAAGCGUGCGCCGGUGCUGCAGUAUCAGGUUCAGAACGGGUCAUUAUCUAUUCCGCUCCGCCUGGCCUCGAACCAGACGGUGGUGUUGGCGUUUAGCAACGAGUUAGCAUCCGAGAUCGAUACACCUUCCGCACACGCGGUGAGCCUCCCAUCUAACGUCCUGGGAUACAACUACACAAAGACCAACGGUCUGGCUCUACACGUCGCUCCGUCCACCCCAUCGAGCACAAGCACAGUCAAACUUUCAAACGGCAAAACACACUCCCUCCCAAGAAGCAGCGCCACCCCUUUUAAGCUGAGCAACUGGACCUUAACCGCCGAACACUGGGAAGCACCAUCCAACUUCACCAACGCGAGUAUUCCCGCCGUGAAACAUAACACCACGCAUAACCUCCAGGGAACCCAUCUACCAUCCUGGCUCGAUAUCCAGGGUCUACGUAAUACCUCUGGCGUGGGGUACUACACGACGACAUUCACCUGGCCCUCCAGUAACGAAACCACCGGAGCAUACAUCUCCCUCCCGCGCGUUCCCCAAGGUCUCCAAGUCUCCAUAAACGACCAACGCCUCCCAGGUCUUGACUUCAGUAAUCCCAUUGCUGAUAUCGGAUCGUAUUUGGUGAAAGGGACGAAUAAGGUUGAGGUUGUCGUGCCGACUGUAAUGUGGAAUUAUAUUCGCAGUUUGUAUGAUAGGAUUCAAAUUGCUGGGUCGGAGCCGAUGUUGAGUAGUACCGGGGCGUUGCCGGAGAACGAGGAGAACGGGUUGGUUGGGGGAGUGAGGGUUUUGCCGUAUGUUGUUAGUAGGGUUGAUGUUUAGGUUGUUUCUUGUGUAUACAUGAUGUCGUUGGUUUUUAUUAUGAAUAGAGGUUACCAGAAUGAGUAGUCGUUGACUCUUAGGAC